AUGGCGUACAAAGUGGACAAUGAAUACGACUACCUAUUCAAGGUCGUUUUGAUCGGGGACUCCGGGGUUGGAAAGUCUAACAUCCUUUCCAGGUUCACGCGAAACGAGUUCUGCUUGGAAUCCAAGUCUACCAUUGGGGUUGAAUUCGCAACCAGAACAUUGCAGGUGGAGGGGAAGACUGUAAAGGCACAAAUAUGGGACACUGCAGGGCAAGAGAGGUACAGAGCUAUCACAAGUGCCUACUAUAGAGGAGCUGUUGGUGCCUUGUUGGUGUAUGACAUAACCAAGAGGCAAACAUUUGACAAUGUUCAGAGGUGGCUCCGAGAACUAAGGGACCAUGCAGACUCCAACAUUGUUAUCAUGAUGGCUGGAAACAAAUCUGACUUGAAUCAUCUGAGAGCAAUCUCUACUGAAGAUGCUCAAAGUUUGGCUGAGAAGGAAGGUUUGUCCUUUCUAGAGACUUCAGCAUUGGAGGCAUACAAUGUGGAGAAGGCAUUCCAAACCAUUUUGUUUGAUAUAUAUCACAUCAUAAGUAAAAAGGCACUGGCAGCACAAGAUGCCACUUCCUCUACUGGCCUUCCCCAAGGAACUAUCAUAAAUGUCUCAAAUACGCAAGAUAAUACCCCCAGCAGAAGUUGUUGCUCUAACUAA